AUGCAGCGGCAAAAGGAGCAGAUUGGAAGGCUCCACGACUUGGUGGCUCGACAGGCAGCUGUGGCUACACCUGUACCUCAGGACCCGCCCGCACCUGUAGCACCUACUCCUGCGGUGGCGGCGGCAUUGGUGACGGCUAUUCCUCCGAUGGCUUCGGGUUCUUCGGCUCUUGAUCCCGAUGCACUUGAGGCCGAGCAGGAGCAGUCGUUGGCAGUGUUGACGGCCUUUAAGCGGUUCAACCCUCCAACCUUCAACGGUGAUGACAAGGACCCUUGGGUCAUGGAGGCUUGGCUUACCGCUAUGGAGGCGUUAUUCGAGGAUAUCUACACCUUUGAGAGAGAUAAAGUUCACCUGGCGUCUCAUUGUUUUGAGGGGUCGGCUCAAUUGUGGUGGACACGGGUGAAGAAAGGCCGGUCAUUGGAGCUUUCACCCAUGACUUGGGAGGCGUUUCGGGAGCUACUAUUGAUGGAGUAUUUUCCCGAAAGUGACAAGCGGAAGAUCAAGGAGGACUUUCGCAAGUUAAGACAAGGGAACCGAUCGGUGCGGGAGUAUGAAAAGGAGUUCUCGCACAUGGUGAAUUGUGUGCCGGGCUUGGUUCGUGGUGAUCGGGACCGAGCGGAGGUUUUCGAGCGCGGGUUGCGACCCGAUAUUUUCAAGGUUAUUCAUGCAUUUCACUUGAAGACCUACGAGGAUGUGCUCCGCCCGUUAUGGGUGGAGCGCGGCAAUGCUAUUGCGCGAGAGGAGCGCGAUGCAUUUGAGAAGGACAAAGACAAAGAUAAGUCCAAGAAGCUGGCGGCUAGUGGAUCUGCGGGGCAGUCGAGUUCCAAGCGACCCCUCGGUAUCAGCGACCACUUUAGCGGCGAGCUAGGAGUCAGACACAAAGCCAGACGACUUCCUUCCCAUGUGUGA